AUGCCGCCUAUGGCGUUCACGGGGCUGGUCACCAAGGUCGGGUGCAUGAACAAGACCGCCACCGUCACCGUCUCGCGCUUCGUCCUGCACCCCCGAGUCGGCAAGCGUCUCGAGAAGACGAAAAAGUACCUCACACACGACGAGAACAACCGAUUGACCGCUGUCCCAUACCCAGAGCUCCGUCACGGCGACCUCGUCCUCAUCCGGAAUUGCCCGCCUAUCUCUGCGAGGAAACGGUUCGCGCUCGAGAGGAUCAUUCAGAGUCCCGAGAGGGAGCGCGAGAAGGCGCAUAGCAUGCAGGGGAUAAAGAGCGAGGCGGCGAGGACACCUGAGCCCACACCGACGGCGGAGACGCAGUCAAGACCGGAGGCUAGCUUGUGA